CGUCAGACCAGCUACAGCCGGAUGACGGAUCAAGACGGCACCGCGUUUCAGGCGAUCUACGACACGCCGCGGAACUCGACUUACUCCGUGGACGAGACGGACUCCCAACAAACUGAAGAUAGCGGCACAUUCGACGCAGAAUACGACGGUGCGAACUGCACCAUGGGAGACUGGAAACAAGCCAGCUACAAGAAGGACACGCCCAAUACUCCACCCCCAGGAUAUGACAACAGCUAUCCUGAGACAUACUACCCAGGCGGCAAUACUGAAGAUACUCCGCCUCCUGUUGCUGACCAUGGCGUGACCCUGUCCAUCCCGGUUAACGCCACCGUGAGCGCCACCAGCGAUGGCGACGGCGACUCGACUUCCAACAGGACCUACAUCUCAUCCUACGGGAUAACGGACCGGGAGUACGGGCGUCGCGGGUCGGCUCGGCUGCUCCGCCGGGUGGGGAAGAUCUCCCUGGCCGCCGGGAUCCUGGCCCUGCUCGGCAUGGCCUGCGCUACUCUGGUCAUCGCCAAGCAAACCAAACAGAACAACGCUGACGUCAAUCUGCUGAAAACUCAGAACCACCUGGACCAGCUGGCCCGGAAGAUGAGCUUCAGCCUGACCUCCCUCCUCCACCUGCGCCAGAAGGCAGCUGGUAACCAUGGACACGAGCAUGCGCACGAACACGACCACGAACACGAGCACGGCAACCCCACGGAUCAUCCAAGCCCACCGAUCUCUCCUGACAUGGACGCUGACAAGAAGAAGGCCACUGACCCUGACCUGGAAACCAAACCGGAUGUGACGCCAACUCCCGACGAUGACGACUUCCUGCCUUCCCAUGGUUGGUUCAUGGGACCAGACCCUGAGGAGGUCAAGCCUCCCACUCUGGAACCACUGCGUGCCAAAGGACUGCCUACUUCCUGCAAUGACAUCCCUGACAGGGACGACGGACUGAAGGGUAUCUUCCCGUUCCGGAACUGCAACGUGUCCAUCGAGGUCUACUGCCACGACAUGUCCAAGAACUACCCCGCCGAGUACAUGGAGCUCCAUUACCCGUACAGGACCCUGAAGGCCUUCCACCCUUCGACUGGACAUACCGAAGUCAGGUAUGAGAAAGUGCGGGUGAAGUUUGAGGGCGAGAAAAUCGUGCCUGUGCUGUCUGACCUGACGUUUGCCACCUUCACCAAAGGUCAGACCCUGCCGCCUUGUGCCCUGGUCGGAACCUGUAAGCCCGGAGAGGAGGACCAGUGCUGCACCUCGGCUCGGGCUGACCUCACCUUCGCCAACCCUGACCUGAAGGUGGUCGGAGGUGAGAGCGUCGGCCCUAACGGAAGGCCCCUGACCAGGCCCAGGUCUGUCCCGCGCUUCAGCAUGCUGUUCCCGAGCACACCGACUCUGUCCAAGGCCUGCGGAGGCUUCCGCAAGAGGAUACCGACGGCCUGUGGGGACAUCACCACCCUGCCGUACCUGGAGCAGAAGACGUGCCGCGCCAAGGGUGAGCCCGACCCCUACCCUCCGCCUCCCAUGGGGCCGGAGGAAAUCGCAAUGAUACAAUCCCUGCUGAACAACUAA